AUGACUCGCUUUCGCAUUCGGCGAUUCCCGCUUGGCGGCUCCAAAAUUUCCCAAGUCCAAGCCCCAGAGACUUCGCAAUCUAGAUCUGUCGAUAACCCGGGCAACAUGGACGCCGAAAAGUUGCUCAAGGCCUACGGCUGGUCUGGCUCCGGUAGUCUCGACUCUCACAAUGGCGCUCAAUCCCGCGGACUCAGCAAGCCACUACUCAUCUCGAAAAAGGUCGACGUGCUGGGCGUUGGGUUGAACAAGCAUGCCGCUGUCAGCGAUCAGUGGUGGAUGCGCGCCUACGAUUCUGGACUGAAAGAUCUGGGAACGGGGAAGAAGAGCACAUUGGCCCAGGUCAGAGAGAAGGGUAUGUUUGCUGGAGGCCUCUAUGGCAGAUUCGUGAAGGGAGAGAGUGAGGGCGGCACAAUACAGCAGUGGAAUGAGGAGCAGAAGAAGAGGAAAAGGGAGGACGAUGACAGCGGUUAUGACAGCUUGGGCAAGAAGGUCAAAACCGAAGGUGCAGAGAAGGUGAAGAAGACUGUCUCUCGGAGAGUCGAUGCAUUCACGCAGGAAGCAAGAAAGAGAGGAUUGCUGGAAAUAAGGGUGGUGAAGAAUCGAGCGAUCGAAGGGAAGGCAAAGGGAAAGUCAAUUCAAUCCCUGUACGGCGAAGACGCCGUUGCGCGCGUUUUCAAAGACGCUGGUCUGGAGCCCAGCAGCAAGGAAGACAGAAAGAAGCAGGACAAGUAUGAAAGAGAAAGGCGCGUGCGAAGAUUCAGGCAGGCAGCGAAGACGUUCGUGAUCAGCCAGCUCACGCCAGAGGAACAAGCGCAACUGGAAGCCAUCGAUUACAUGAGAGACAAGACGCAUGAGGAGAAGAAGCGGGACAGGAGACGGACCAGGCUCGAGAAGGCUGAGGCAAAGGCUGCUCAGAAAGCAGCAAAAGAACAACAGAGAUUACUAGACGUAGAGAUGAAGGCCUGGGAGAUGGACAUGACUAGCGAGGCAUACCUGAAAUACCGCAAAGACAAGAAGAAGGCGAGGAAAGAAGGUAUCUCGCUUGAGGAAUACUACAGGCAACAAGAACAGGGUGUGAAAAGAUACGAAGCUGAGCUCGCAGCGGAAGCAGAAGAGGCAGAUAAGGCAGGCCUUUCAAUCGAGGAGUAUCAGGAACAACAAGAGCAACUGCGGGCAGUGCAUGCAGAGCAUGGAGACAAGGUUUUGAUGCAUACAACGACCGCUGUAGAUGGCUGGACACUCUCUGCACACUACAAAGAACAAGAGGCCAAGGCCGCGAAGGCAGGCCUUUCACUCGAGGAAUACUACAAGAAAUUGAACGAAAGCCUGGACGCAGAGAAGGCAAAGGCAGAGUUGGAGAAGUCAGAAGCUGAUGACCAAAAGCAACCAGGCGGGCCUCCAACUUCACACGACGAGGGACUGGCACACUCGGGAAGCGUUCAGGUCGUCGAUAAUGAAGGCAAAGUUCGGUAUACAUGGGACCCACAAAUACCGGUGCCCCUGGACCCCAGCAUCUGGGAAGGCCUCGAUGUGAAACUACUACCAAAGCGAGUUCGCAAGGCACGACGACAAUGGAUGGAGAAUCAGCGCGAAGCAAAGAAGGCCGCCGAAAGUACAGGUGCCGUGACGAAGGGAGCCGAAUCCAAGGUUGCGAGGAAGAUUGCAAGGCAAGAAGCCAUGGCGAUCAAGAUUUUGAGCGAGUCGCGCAAGCAGAAGAAGGGGAAAGGAGCUGGGAAGAUGUCGACAUUAGAUGGGAUUGGCAGUGUGCCCUUGAUCGACGUUACAACGAAGAAUCCAGAGCCAUUUACGGCAGAGGAGAUGGCGGCUGCGAGAACGCUAGCGAGGAAAGUAUUGAAGGAUCAGAAGAUGAAGAAGAAGGCCGUGAAAGCAUCUGCAUGAGGAGAAAUGCAAGAAAGGGUCGCUCGUCGCAGCAAAACGGAUUUCGGACGCUACCGUAUUCAUUGCAGCUACACCAGAAAGUAAUGCCAAUGCUGUCC